CACGCCUACUACAGCCAGUGCCAGAAUCACAGCAGAAGGGCUUAUACUCACGGCGCCUUUGGAAAAAAAUCUGUCAUUAAGAAUAGAUUUCAGUAAUAUGAUAACCAUGGCAUAAAGAAAAUGAGCAAACAUUUAAAAAGACACGCAAGAACCAUGUUGUAAGCAGCGGCUGUUGCCUUACAAAGAAUCAACCUACUUUACCUAUGCCUCCUGGGAAGAUAAUAAACAAGAACAUCUGAUUCACUGAAGUCUUUUUUUGUCAGCUUUGCUUUGGGUCAUUUCUAUAAUGUACAGAACCUUAACCCCACUGUGGUUUUAAUACUACAAAAAGACACCAUUUAGAUAGAAAACCCACGAGUGGAUUUAUCUUUUAAAAAUGACUCAUUUGCAAGCGGGUCUUUGUCCGGAAACUAAAGAGAAAGCUCGUUUGGAACUAAAUGAGAACCCGGACACUUUACAUCAGGAUAUACAGCAGGUCAGAGACAUGGUCAUCACAAGACCCGAUAUAGGUUUUCUGCGAACAGACGAUGCUUUCAUUUUAAGGUUCCUUAGAGCAAGGAAAUGUAAUCAAAUGGAGACUUUCAAACUGCUUGCCCAGUAUUUUCAUUACCGUCAGCAGAAUUUGGAUAUGUUUAAAAGCUUCAAGGCGGACGAUCCUGGGAUCAAACGAGCGUUGAUGGAUGGCUUUCCUGGCGUCUUAGAAAACCUCGAUCAAUACGGCAGGAAGAUCCUUAUCCUUUUUGCCUCUAACUGGGACCAGAGUAGGAACUCUUUUGUUGACAUCUUAAGGGCCAUCCUUCUCUCUUUGGAAGUCCUAAUUGAAGACCCAGAACUGCAGAUCAAUGGCUUCAUCUUAAUAAUAGACUGGAGCAACUUCUCCUUUAAACAAGCAUCCAGACUCACCCCCACCAUACUCAAACUGGCCAUUGAAGGACUACAGUGGUUUUCAUAUAAGGUAAUGGCUGCAGAUACCAGAAUACAUGAUUCUAGUGUGAUCGUAUGCUGGCCACAAUACUUCGAUAAAUGA